AUGCAACAAUCUGUCACAAGUCCAGUAAGUCAUCAUGCAUUGCGUGACUACUUGUGUCCUUGAAUCUUCUUCCUAUGCUUUGUAAACACCUGUCUUAUGCGUCGAACGUUUGCUUCUCAUGAUGCAUUUCUAGUAAACUAUUUGCCUUCAUAAUGUCUCCAGGGGUUCUCUCCCACUACUCCGGGCGCAGUAAGUGGUUCCGGUCAGCGGCGGCCGAGUGAGAACGUGGAGCUGCCAAACAUUCCACAAGGUCUGCGUUUGGGAGAUCGUGUGCAGGUAUCAGGAGGGCGCUUGGGUGUCAUCCGUUAUAUUGGACCUACUGACUUUGCCAGUGGCGAAUGGGUGGGCGUUGAACUGGAUGAAGCCUCAGGCAAAAAUGAUGGCUCAGUUUCCGGCAGAAGGUAACAUUGUCUGUAGAAUUGACUAGAACGUUUAUGGUGUCAGCUCUUGAGGGUUGCCACAUGUCCCUACUUAAUUUUUUUCUAUAGGUACUUCUCCUGUAAACCCAAUCAUGGUCUCUUUUCCGCGCCCACGAAAAUAACUCCACUUAAUGGAAAGCCAUCGGGUCGGCUCCUCCGAUCGUCCGCAGGCCGCAUGUAAGUAAACAUAUUUCCCAAUUUUGUGCCUUAAAACGCCACUCAGUACAUUCACACACUUCCGUCGCUAAUCACAAGCACUACUCAUUAUAUCCGUCUUUGCGCGCUCUUUUUUUAGGGGAAGCCGUGAGUCCUUACUGUCUGCCAGUUCCAACUUCAGUUCUGUUUCUCGACCACACUUGCGUCCAGCAGCCGCGGUGAGUUUUCAGACUAACUUCUUUACUUCUGGUGGCGAACUUUCCCUCAUGGUGUUUUGCCAAUUUUAUGCUUUUCUGCCUCUGAGCGUAGGACGUCACGAGGGAAAGUGGCGAUAAAGUUCCUCAUCUCCGCAUUUCCCGCCACCAUUCUCCAACCUCUGGGCUUAUCUUUUUCGUCUAAUCUUGAUGGCUAUUUCUUUUUGUUUCUCCUUGGACUUAUCCUCCGCCGUCUUCUAAUUGUUUGUUUUCUAGCAACAGAGGAAACUCAACGCCACCCCAGGUACUCGUUCCUAUGGAGGAGCUAGUGUUCAAGCUUUGGAGGUAGGUUUUGCAGAUACUAGUAUCCGUCCGUUAGCAUUUUAUGUCCCGCAAAGUGGCGAUAGUUUGCAUGCAUUUUAUUUAUUCUCUUUAUGAUUUGUCUGGGGCUCAUUUGAAAUCCGACCAAGAAGUUUAUAACAAGCGCUCGCUGGUUUCUCAAUUGACGUUUGUUCGACGAAUACACCCAGCUAUGUUACGACUUAUUAUUAAGCACUGAGAGCGCGAGCAGAAGGUCUGCAUUUAUCUGUCUGUUCAGUUAUUACCUCAUGGUAUAAAACCUUUUUGCUGAGAUCCAACCCCGCAACCAGUUAAGAUAGCAUGGUGAUAAUGUCUUUUGUCUACUGAGGAGGCGACAGUUACAUGUUACAUCAGUGGUUUCAUGGGCAUUACCGCACAGGUUUCUGCAGUCGUUCUCUUGAGGGCCUUUUUAAUUCUCACAUAUACUCAUCCGAACGGGCACGUUGGUAGGUGGCGGAUGAUAACCAUUUCUAUCAUACUGAGUUAUCGUCCCUUCUAUCAGCAAGUAGUGGUUACCUGCCUUGUUGUCUGUUAUUGCCACGGACGCCCUCUUCUCCGGACACGUAAGCGGUCAGAAGGAGCAGGAACACCUCCCGCGUCACUUUUCUAAUCUGAAGCAAUUGCUUGUUGCCACUGAUCAUUUUAUUCCUGCAUGUGACUGUGCUGAAGUCUUUUUCGGUAUCGCCGAUGACAUUGACGCUUUUGUUCUUGCGUGUUUACUUGGGCCUUUAUUUUGAGUCCGUCAGAAUGAAUAUUGCUGCGGCAUCCGACAAAACAUUCGCCAAUUUUGGAAAGACAACGAUUACCGUAUCAAAUUCAAUCAUUCUCAAAUACGUCCGGUAUUUUGACGGCCUUUCGAGACUUCCAGGCCAGCGAGGGAUUGUACUGGGUGUCAUUUGACUCCGAAAAUCCAUGAAGACGGGAGUAGUGUCAACUGCCACACAUUUUGUUUUUAAAGUCUAUCGUCCUGUCGGUUUUGUGCAUCUUGGUCCUUUAGGCAGAACAUUCGCACCUCAUUUUGGUAGUUCUGUUCACCGGCGUUUGCAGUACAUCCAUUCUAUCAGUCUCUUCAGUGAUAUUUUUUAAUCUCUAUUCGUGUUGAUCAUCCUGCCUCUCCCCUCCUUCGAUAUGCCCUCUCACUAAGCCUUGAAUGUUAGUUUGCACUUACUCUCGACCAUCUAUCGCGCCACAGCUCCGACUGCAGACCUAAAAGGGAUGGAAUGUCUGGGCCAGUUAAAAAUAAACAGAUCUCGUGAUGUGUACACAUGAAAAAUGAAAAAAAGAGCUUCUUCGACGACACUAAACUAUGCAGAGAGCUGCAAAUAACAUGCAUUUAUUCCUUCAGACUGUUGGUCGAACUGAAAGCGCCUGUGCAAAACAAGCGGUUUGUCCUCAACCACAUAGGUAUUCUUUUUUGCCAAAGAACGUCCACAACACAAUUAACUGACUUUGCUUUUUCCAGAGACCUACCUCCUCAUGCCAUUCUUAGAUGCUGCAUUAUUUUUAACAAGAACCUAGUGCGGGAGAAGGAGGCUCACAUCGAACAGCUGCUGCAGGAGUUUGAAAUGGAACGCGCAGAAAUGGCAAAGAUUACCGUCGAGCGCGAGCAGGUAAGUAUCACAGCAUGCAGUUUUGGUGACAGCGCAACUGUCUGCAUGUAAAUAGGCAGUAAUCCACCACAGAACAAACUCCAUCAGCACUUUGUUCCCCACUGGUUCAUGCAUCAUACGCAAACCCGUCACACCUUACCCACAGCGAGUACGGAACAUGCACUUCUCACGCAAAUAGGACGCGUGUCCUUCGGCUCCUUCUCCAUGUGACCUCUAUGCUACGCUAGCGCGUGCGAGCUCUAAGCAGCCCACCCCUCGUUGUGCGAAAACCUGGUUUGUUGUGUUCGUGUGUGUGUGGCAUGCGCAGACGGGCUGUUUUAACUCUGUCAGUCGCUGACCAAUAUCAGCAUCAGUUGAUAGAGCGUCUUGGACAGGCGGCCGGUGCACGGGGUGGGGAAGAGAGAGAAUAGGACUGGCUCAGAGGACUCGGUCCCCACGGCUGUCGAAAGAGAGAAGACCAGCUAUCCCCCCGCACGAGUUAAUCGCGGUGGUGGCUUGCUCGGAAAUUUGUUUAGAGUGAGGGAGACUUUCGAUGCGUCUACCUCACGCCCUCUUUUCACAACCACCGCUUUGCGAUUACAGGGCAUAGUCCAGACGACCGAAUGUGGGCGUAGAUAUAAUGGCCGGCAAAUCUAAAGGGCCGAUCUAAACGCUUAGCACACCACCCGGCCCCUUGGACGACAAGCACCGUGAGUCAUUAGGGGUAUCUGAGCUUGCACGUGGGCGAGAGUGACAAAAGACCACACUGAGAAGGAGCCACUGCAAUCUGAUCCACAGACCUGAGUAUGAACGAGUUAUCAUUUCAGCUAGCGGUCUUAUAAACCACGGCUGUUUAUGCCUUUUGAUUGUUUCGGGGCGCGCCUAGUUUCUUUUUACUGGGAGAACACUGGACGCUGGAUCGUUCUCACUCCCUCUUCUUUUUAAAACUCACCAGUAGUUCGUUCAUGUCAAGCUGAGUGAACAUGAGAUUGAGCGCAGUGGCUGGCAUGACCUGGUGUCUCCUUACAACGCGUGCCAGACAGGCAUUCCGAUCCUGCAUGAGUUAAACGGUACCAUAAAGGUCACCUAAGGAAGCUGCCAGUGCGGCAUGACCACCUUGUCUCAUCAUCCCCCAACCCACAAAUCGCGACCUAUAACGCGUCGUAAUUGUUUCAAGUGCGUAAGAUUCAUAAUCGUCGGGGAAUGUGCUAGAUUUCCAGUGUUGAUUUCACUCCCUAUUCGAUGUCUCGUGCGCCCCGUGUCCCGUCCGAACAUUUCGGCCGAUCGGUAAGGACCGCAGACGGAGUGACGGACUUGGCUGGGCGUCUCCGCGUCUAACUUUCCGCGCGCGUGCGCAGUCAUGCGUAACGUUUCACCGGGCACUACCUACAUUGGGAAGCAUCACUGGUGUGUGAAGAAUGGAUGGUGGUGAUGUGAGCGGAAAGGUUCAUGCAGUGAUUGUGUGUGAAAAGUAUGAGCAAAGGGGAUGCGUGAUGUUUCAGUGAUCUUUGUUGUGUGCUUGUGCAUAUGACUGAGUAGGUCAGUACGGUGAUUAGAAGUGCCGGCACACAUGCUUGUGUCCUUUGGACGUUGGCUGGAGCACCCGGCACUGGUUUAGUAAUCGUGCUGAGGUGGCUUGACAAGUGUCCACCCUGGCCGAUGAGUGAGUGUGAUGUGCGAGCACCGUGGAAAGAAGUUAGCACUGUGUCUACACUUUUGGUGAUUGCCAUCCGUGUCUUGUGAUGUUCCCACUUUGCUGACUACGCAGGUGUUCGGCAAGAGCGGAUGAAGACGGGGAAACCGUGUGAGAGUGCUUUCUUCGGUAACGGUGCGUUGGCCGUGUUGACAUUGUGCCGAAUCUGGAGGUGUCCAUAGAGACCAAAUUGGAUUUAGAGCAGCCAUUGACGUUGUCGUUUUGGCCUCCUCUGCUUGGUUCUCCAGUUUCUCUGACCAUUAGACAUGCCUGUCAGUCCUCUACAGUUGUUUCGCAUGUCUUCUGGUUAAUUUGGGGGAAGUUGGGGAGAGAUGUGUUUGUGUUGCUGAUGCGUCGUGCUCGUCCACUUUGCCCAGUCCAUAACGGGAUGGACGGCCUUUAUGACAUAAACGACUGUGGUGUUGAUUUUAACUUCUUAACAUACUUCCAGCAUUUGCCUGGUUGCGAAGAUCAUGUAAGUGGUUCCGUUUUUUGUAAUGCAUAUCGACUCUGGGAAGAAGUCAUUGCUGCAGGCGAUUAAGCAGUACUCGGACGAGGAUCUUCUCUGUGGCGGUGGAAGGUCGACGGAAAAUUGUCGCAGGUCUGCUGGCUUACUUUGCAGUUAUGUAAAAAAAAUAAUGCUUAUCAUAAUGACAUCUUGUAUUAUGUCUACUUGUUGUUCUAUCUGGGACGAUUUGGUAAACUUGUUCACGUCUUAGUGGCAUUAGUGGUACGAGUAGCGUCAGUAUAAUAAUUAUUACUAUUAUUGCUAUUACUAGUAGUUCAAAUCAUGGUGUAAUUUAUAAGCCUGGCAAUAGUGCGCUUGGAUGUACUAGUCAUCAGGCACUGUAGGAAAUGGCUGUAUGUUUUCCUAUGGAGUAUAAUGCUUGCUUUUUUAUCUUUUUUAAUGUCAUCAGGUUGAAACCGAAGUUGUUAAUCAGCGUUCGCUGAUUAGUCAGCUAACAGCACAAAUCGAACAACUCCAGAUGACUGUGAAUCAAAUGUCCGAGGAGAACAACAAACUGAAGCUGCGCGUUCACGAAGAAGUCAAGUAAUCAAUUUCUCCUACUUAAUUCCUCUUUCCAUGACAUCCUUUCUCACAAAGCAGAAGACCCAUAAAUCAACAAGUCGCCGCUUGCAAGUUUUUUUUAUAGGCAUUUUGUAACUCGAUUUUUUGCGAACGAAAAGUCACUGUCGGAUCGGACCAGUGAGUGGUUACGUAUAGUGCAAUCGUUAAACAUCCAGACGCGGUUGGGUGCCCACCUGGCAAAUCAGCUAUAUAGAAAGGGAUCAUAAAUUAAGGCGUGGCACAUGACUUGUACUUGGUACGGCUGCGAUCAUGUCUGAUCUAGCCGGCCUCGAUGACGUCACGAACUGUACUCCACGCGUGAAGAUCCGCAGCAGCAGAUCUAGACAGUUCAACCCGUCUCUUCGCCAACGACGGAGACCAAAUACCGAGGGCUCGAGAACCACUUCCAAGUCAUGAUGGACUGUGUCGAGCUAGGUUUUGAGCUGAUCCCCUCUUCGACGCCUCCAGGCUGCUAACGGUGCCGGGUCGAGGAUAGCAACACUGAGCCUGUGAGGUGGACGACGAAGAGCGCGUCCAAACCACCUCAGUCAUCUUUUUGUAGGGCCUGAGAUCUCUUCGUGAUGUCGCGGCGAUUGCGCACCGUCUCAUUCAAAACGAAGUCGGUGUACUUAACUUGGAGGAUGUUUCUCAAGCAAUGCUGGUCAAAUACCUCCAGUUUUCCCUCAUCAUCCACGUACACAACCCAGUAUUCACAACCGCAGAGAAGUACCGACCGGGCGGAUGCGCGGUAUACGCGAAUCUUCGUGGCGAUGGAGAUGUCGCGUCGGGUUCAUAAACACUUUCAGGGGCUUAAGAAAACCCGCUGGACAGCACCGAUUGUAGAGUCUACGGCGUCCUUAUUCUGCCCAUUCGACAACAGCCUCGCCCGAGGUAUUUAAAACUGCCUACUUCAUGCUGACAACCAUCAAUCCCGAGAGGGGCCUUCUCCUGGCCAAGGAUGCAGCUUCGAAACACUGGUCUUCCCAGCGUCUAUUGGAUAAAACGACGGAUUUAGGGACAUCAUCCGUGACGCCAUAGACUGUAGAUCGCCAAAACUUGAAGCUAGUAAAGCGAUACAAUCAGUAUAGUCGAGGUCUGUCAGCUGGCAGCUGAGUAUAAAUUCAACACCGUCAACUUAGUGUAGGUCGUUCCCGAGAAUUCAAUCAAUGGCGCAGUUGAAGAGAUUGGGCAACAGGAUAGAACCUUGCCGAACGCAAGAUCAAAUGUCGAAUGGCUGGGAGAGAUUGCUAUGGACUAGAACUCGCGCAGUGGUUGUGCGAUUUUAGGCCUUGAUCAUUCCGAUUUAGUUUUAGUCUUAGUACUGCCCCACCAUUGUUUGAGUUCUAGCCCUUAACAACUUUGCAAAACUUUGCCACAUUAGGCUGAAAGUUCGACGGGAAUGUAUAUUGUCUUGCUCCUGUUUAAAUGCACUAUUGGCUCCAUUGUCACACUGCUAUACAUGGCCUUGUAGAAUGCCGGGCUGCUAAACUUUAUUACAUUGACGCUAAAAAUUAAAACCUACAGAAGGUAGUGCUGCAGGUGAUUGACCUACCCAGCUCGGUUGGUUUUUCCAUCGACCCAGCAAAGAGAAACGUUUUUGCCGGACUAUAUACGGUAGGGGGCACUCCCUGCCAUUAAUGCCUGUCAGCCUAAAAAAGAUUGACAAUCAAGGUUGUUAACUGAGCUGUGACCAUUUCUAUCAGAUGAAUGACCUCUAACUCAUCUUCACUCUAAUUUAUGUUACUCCAAGGGUUCCUCCAAGCCCUCAACUGCGUUUUUAUAUCCAUCGCAAUAUCAAUCUCACAAGGGUUCGCAUGUAUCGAACGUCUGUUCUGUCAGCCCACUGCGGUUGUAUGUGCUAGGAUGUUCCUUUUCAAUAAAAACGGAAUGGCUGGUUUGAAAUCGACCGUUGCCCGCAAACUAUCCCCUAAUGAAGUCUGUGUAUUUCUUGAAUUAGUCUGCACUAACUGCUUCAACGUUGUCAGGAUAUCCCAGUUCAUCAGCGGAGGAUGACUGAGUUAAAACUCGUUUUUAGCUGUCCGUCCCAUGCGUUCAAACGGCAGCUUACCGACAGGCGACGAUUACAAUGCAAGUUGUUCCUGGAACUGGGGUCUUGGGUCUCCGAAAUUAAACAAGAGGGCGAGUCGAGCCCAAGGAAUCCACUUUGGUGGAUUUUCGCUCAUGGAGCUGAACACUACGCACCAUCACUGAGGCCGGCUAGAUCGUAAAUGAUUACAACCUAGAUGAGCUUCAUUGCCCAUCUCGCCUCUACAUGUAGAACACAUUGAGUAGCCACUUUACUCGCCUGGUCAUCUGCGGCGUUACAGUCGUGAGAUGGGGUCUUUCGUUCGAUUUUUAUGCCAUACAUCCCCUCACCGAGUCCAUAAAAUUGAGAGUUGCAGUAUAAACCGAAACCUAAAAACGGUUAACCGAACUCCGCUAGUGUUGUUUCAGGCCGUCAUGAAUUAUAUUCGACUAUCUAACAUUGUUGGGGGUUCGUCUAUUGUGAACCUGUCUCGUAAAACUGAAAUUCCGUUCCAACGUCGUUGCGGGGUGUAAAAUGACUUUCGAGGAGCCAGUUAACAACUACAGACGAGGAAGAGCGUGCAUGCUAACGGUGCUGAUUUUGAUCGAGCAUCAAAGUGGUAGCCCAUGCUGCCGAGUCUAAUCGCGAGUUCGAUUUCUGCUCGGUCGAGAUUUCGGACCAAAAUGGCAAGGGGCCAGGCCGUGAGACGCCCUCCGAACCACCCACCACGCUUAGCUGUAUAUGGCUUAGGUGGGUUUGGGCGACAGGCUUGAAAACGACCGAAAUCGUGGGCGAGUCUAGCACAACGUGCUCUUUCCUCGUUGGUGCGGUCGCGCCGCCGACAUCGAAAGCAGGGGAAACUCCAUAACCGAGCUGGGGGUGAUGAUUCAGGGAGGACCCGCGGCUGGCGUCAACAAUGACUGUCAACGCGGCAAGUGCUGUGACGCGCACACCCACUGAAAUUUAUACUACUGAUUGCGCGUUCAGACCGUCGGUGUCUGACGCUCGACAAGCGAACCUGCUCCCCAAACGUCAACUCCCAAGUUACCGUUUGCCGAUGACCGUCACUUCUUUCACUUUGGCAAUCGGAAAUGGCCUUCGACUACUAUCACUACUGACGUUUAUGAGUAAUGUCUUCAAGUCGCCUUUUAAACAUCGGUAUAUCGGUAUUCUAAGCGGAGCCUUUCUACCUGCAUGUACCAUUUUUUCCGAGAAGACCCGGAUUUGUACCAAAAAUGAACCCAAAAAGACAGGGCAAAGACAAAUGUACCCCGCAGCAGUCACAAAGUACUAUGCUGACUACUAAUUACUAUUCAAAGCGUUUUCAUGAGAAAAAUAUAGUUCACUCCUGGCACUCUGCGCUUGUUGUGGGUUGUCUGAACAGAAGACCCGGUGUUCACUCCGCGCUCUAGCUCAAGGGUGAUUCUUCUUCGCUUUUCGCAAGUUUAGGACAUCCACUCGAUUCAGUUGUUGAACACUGUCUGAGAUUUUUCAUGGCAAGAAUUGAAGGUGUAAACCUACUGAGAUCCAAUGGGAUACCUGAAAUACCGGAAGGAUGUGAAUGUUAGGUGUAUCGAUAGGGAAGAUUGACUCAUCAGUUAACGUAGUCUGCGUAAGGCAUUGGGAUAACCCGCAUUUCUGUCACAUGUUUGAUUUAUUACUCCAACGAGGCACCGGAUCAGACCGCGAAGUUAGAUAAAUGCUAUUAAAGGGACGUGUAAACAAACAGAAAACAGUUCAUCCAAGGUUAUUGGUUGAAGAAGGCCGGACGGUAUGCGGCUGACAAACCUAACCGCCUAACCCCAAAUCCAUCCCUUCUUUUUAAACUAACCCGAACCUUAACCUUUACCCUAAAUCCAACCGCUACCUUAAGCUCAGCCAGAAACGUAGUUCUUAUAUAACACGCCUACCUAAAUCAAUGGGACAGACGGGUUAUAGUAAUAAAGGCGCAGGAUUACAUUUUUAAUCAUUUCAUUUUUCAUUGUUGAUUUGUUUGACGUAAACAAGUACAGAUGCCGGCUUUGAUGAUGGACCGCGUGGGUCUUAUAUUCUUGAAGGAAGCCAUUAAUUCCACACCUAAAUAGAACACUAGUUGGAAUAUCUGCAGGCCAGAGUUUGAAUUGAGGUAGUCAACAAAGUUGUGUCUGUGAGUGGACUUAAUUAAUCAAAUUAAGUAAGUUCGAGCUAAGGUGUCCUGCAUUCAUAUUUAUUAAGUUCCUGCUGAUUUUCUAUAAACUUUAGACUAGUUGCGGCUACAAGCACUACAGUAGGUGGGCUAACUCAUGAAAUGUCAACCGAAAUUCCGAAGUGCGUUUUCGUUUCAAAAGGAUUAAUUAAGUAGGGUUGUUAAACUAGUCAGUCUGCAAAAGAAUUCUAUAUUAUUUCAGUCACCUCAGGAUACCGGUUUUCGAAUGAACUUCCUUCCAGCUGCAUACAAAAACUACAUUCUGUAAAAAAAUGACUGCAUAAGUUGCAUUAAUUUUUGUCAUUGAUUUUCGAUGCCUCUAAAUGUCCAAUUAUAUUUCAUCGAAAACAUGGAUAAAAAUAUUCAUUCUUUUGCUCAUUCGGUAGAUAAUUGCGUCUUCUAAUUUUGUACUCAAAGGAGGGGCAUAACUAGGUUUUAAGAAAGUUUCCAAUUGUGGGACUUUUAAAUACCGUGAAAUGGCCGUUCAUAAAUCGUCAUGUCUCCGCAUUUACCAAUGUGGCUUGUAAAGGUAACAAUAGGGAUCUAAUCCGCUGCUAAAUUUUAUGAACCCUAUAUGGUCCUCCUUUAUUACCGUAGAGAAAUGUGUGGUUUUCCGUACGCGGAAAUUAUACGGCUUGUAGUUUGGAAACCCUCAAUCGAAGUUUAACGGUAGAGCGGGUUCAAAAUUAUUCGGGAAUUGGAAAAGGUUUUGGAAACCGAAUUAUGCCCUUCCUUCGAGUGUAAGAUUAGAAGAAGACGUAAUUGUCUACCGAAUGAGCAAAAGAAUGAAUAUUUUUAUGCAUGUUUUCCAUGAAAUAUAAGUAGACAUGUAGGAGCAUCGAAAAUCAAUGACAAAAAUUCAUGCAACGUAUGUAGUCAUUUUUUACAGAGUGUAGUUUUUGCAUGCAGCCGAAAGGAAGUUCAUUCGAAAGCCGGCAUCGUGGGGUAACUGAAAUAUUAUAGAAUUCUUUUGCUGACUGACUAGUUUAACAACCCUACUUAAUUAAUCUUUUCGAAACGAAAACGCAUUUCGGAAUUUAGGUUGACAUUUCAUGAGUUAACCCACCUACUGUAUCUCUGCACGGUCUUUGUAAACCAAUUUUUGUGAGCUGCAGCCCUUCCCUUCUUUCAUCCUCUACCUUAGUCUGUCCUUUCUCUAUUCCGCGAUUGUCCUCCGUUCUUUCAUCCUGUACAUGCUUUGACCUCCAUUUCAGAAGGGCUGAGGAGCUUCAGUUUCGCUUGGAGGAGGAAAAUAUCGACAAGGCGACUCUCGAGGCUCAAAAGGCUGACACGGAUGAACGCAUCUUCGAACUCGAAGAGGCGUUGGCGGCGGCAAAAGAAACAAAUGAGCGCAUGGAGGAGGAACUGCAGAAGUUCCGAUCCUCAUUGCCGACCGACGCCCUCAAUGAGGGUUCGGCUUCGCAGCCCGUUGUAGGUCCCGCUGGCGACGCCGUACCUGGGAGUGGGGAGGUUGAAAGUGACGCCAGGGUCAGGGAGGCAAUCGCCCGCGCUGAUGCGCUCGAGGAAAGACUGCAGGCUCUGCAGAAACAAAUGGAUGUACGUGUUAGCCGCGCAUUUCGCGUGUCUUUUGUGGCCUUGAUCUUCUCUGUCCUGGUCUAGCUUUCGGCAGCAAGGUCGUCUGUAAUACUUUUCCCCCCGCCGCAGUAUGCAAUUGACAUUUAUUGCGAGAAGAGAUGGAUUAAUAACACGGGAGUGAACUUUGGUUCGCAGGUGGUUGAAAAGAAGGUUAGCAGUGCGCCUUUGGUAUUGAAGAAAAUCAACAGUCUACCUAGGUAUAAAACACUUAAGAAGUGGUUACAGUUGACAUGUACUACUACUACUACUACUACUACUACUACUACUACUACUACUACUACUACUAAUACUAAUACUACUACGAGGCGAGAUGGAUAUAAACGUUAUCUUCGCACAAGAACCCCAUGGCUUAAAUCCGUGUGGCUUCAACGACUACAUAGGCGUGCCCUUGUAUGCGAACAUAAGCAAUUUAACUAUUCCCUAUUUCAUUUGUCCCAAUUCGUAAGAAGUCGGCGGCGUCGGUGGAAUUCGAACCCACGCCAGCAAGGACAACGAUCGAGUACAAACAGCGCCGGAUAUCCUAAUGUGAUUAAACUCACGACUCCUUGUCGGGACGUCGUAGCUCAGGUGGCAAGAGCGUUGGCUGUUCUCAGGCGUUGCCCUUGCUGUCGUGGUUUCGGAUCCCAUCGAGAUCGCCGAGGUUAUCACAUUUGAAUCAAACAAACUAUUCAAAUUUGUCGAAACACUUGUUUAUUAUUUUUAAAUAACCAAACAGUACCGAGUACACAUGGGUUUUCUUUCGUCACGCCAGUUGCGGCGAGCCUAUUCUGUUCGUUUUUUAACUGUAUCACUAUGACAAAUUGCAAUCAGCAUCAUGGACCCCGAGACACAUUAUCGAAAAGCAUUAGAAACGGAGACUAACGAGGUUGGAAUGGCCAUUUCUGGCGUUUUUGGCUAGCCAUUCGCCACGUGAGGGUCGCCAAGGCCUGCAGUUUCAGUCCAGGUCUAGCUGGAUAGUGAUUAAGCCACUGGUUCAGCUGAGACAAAGCUCAGCUCUCUGGUUUCAACAGCCCAUUUUAGCAUACGACGAGGCAACGACAGAAAAUAGACCAGAAAUGACCAUUCCGGCCCCUGUAUCUUUAUUUCUUCAAUUUUCGUCGAUUGUUGAUUGCCCGUAACAAUGUCACUUCCUGCGAGCGCCCGGGACUUGAGUCUCUAAGCAAAGGCGAAAUCCUGGUACUCCGUCCUAAAAUCAAGUCGGAUCAUAGAAUGCCGCCCACACUUUCUAUAUCCUUUUCCACUUGUUUUAUCCCUAGUCAUCAAUCAUGCUAUGUGAUGGGAAAGGCAACCCAGCGACCAAUAACAUGGAGGAAUAUUGUCCAGUUUCUAGAAUGUUCAGACCUCAACGCCUUUAUAUUCUGUAGGACAAAUCAAAUGUAUUAGGGGGACUUAAACGGUAAUCCAAUGUAAUUUUUUGUGUAUCCCACUUAGUUGCUGUCGCCCUCUGGGCAGGACUUUGGCAGUUGAGCGAUAGAGAGUAGGAGUUUAUGAGCUGUUGCCAACCAGCGUACUGCCACACAAACGGUUCAUAUUUACGCACUGAACCGAGUUCCAUGUACAGAGCUUCAUCGAAUUGAAGAAGUGUCAUCAACUACCCCCACCCACACUGUUUGACCCGCUGAUCUAGGCGGCUGCCGUGGUGUGGCCGCCGAUUGGAGCACAGUUUCGUGGAGUCAGCAUUUGUUGAAGGCUGUUCCAUAAUUCACCUUCAGACACUCCCGAAAGCACGCAAUUGGAGUUCUGCGUUGUGCAAACAGAUGCUUUCUUUGAGAAGGGACAUGUAUAUUACGGACUUUCCGGUUUGCCAACCAUCAUUUCUUUUCCGGUGCUCGCGUUCGUAAAUUUUUGUCAGGUUGGAUUCACGGCUAAAAGACGGAUCGUGCACUUUGGUGGCAUCAUUGAAUUCUACCUUAUUUGCAACUGUGUCCCUGUUCAUUACUAAUUCAGGCAGCUGGUAUGCCCUCCUUUCACAACCGCACGAGAUUUAAACGGAAACUGACUACACAAACCAGUUUGCAUAAAUGGCUUGGAGAGAACAUCAGAACAAGUAGUACAUUCCAAUAAUUGACGCCUGGAGAAACGCUCAAGUGGCGUCACUACUGCUUGAUCACAAAUUUCUGGAAUAUGUAUUGAUAAAAAGUAUUGAAAUAAUGGAUAAAAUAAGUAUGGCUAAAUGGAUAAGGCCCACCAGUCCGUACGCUAUUUCUUUUUUUGCGUGAAGAGGAUCACUUUUGUCCGCUGUUCUUCCGCAGGGUGACUUUUUGCUAUGUCGGCCGUAUUGUCCACUUACCCAGUGAACAAAGAUAAGCCUGCAAGCAAGCCUGCCCCUUUCAGCUGAAGCUUUAUUUUGUCUCAAGAAAGUUUGGGUUGUUAUUGCAGCCAAUUUAAUUUGUCACUGCGAGUCUGUGCCACUAAAGUACCUAACUAGUGUCCUGGUGGCCAGCGAACCACCAAUUCAGUCAGUUUUCUGACUGAUCAGAUUGCUUCAAAUUGUCGCUAUUUCAUUCUGCAUCUUUUUGGCGAGGUUUUGCAUUUGUCUCCAUAAUGAUGUCGUUCGGUGGGUCUAAAUGCAAAUUAUUCCGACCGCAGAGUAAGUGAGAACUCAAGUGUAACAGUGGCGACAAUAGGGUGUGAAAUAUCUACGAUCUCUGUUCAAAGCCAAUAGCCAUCCAAGGUGCUUCACAAGUAAGUGCCUGGAGAAGCCUAUGCAUGAGUGGUCCAACGCUGAAAAAGCGAAAAUCUUCCUUGUAAUCCUCUAUUUGAAGAAACAUUUUGAGGUCGCAAUAAGAAUUCUAAAGCCCUUUAUGAUAGGCGUGACCCAUAAACAAGAAUUUACCACCAUACAGUAAAUAAUGAGGUCGAAAGACCCAGAUUGAAAACGUAUCUAUGUGUCAGAGGGCGCUCGCCGAUCGCGUUGCAUGACCUGAUCGUCCCGUUGUGCUUUGGGGCUGGAUCUAGAGCCCUGCAGGCAAUGUCCUAGCCACUGACAAUGUAGAUCGAGGGAGAUUACCGAAAAAGACAUGGGAGACUGGAAGGACCAUUUGUGGCUUAUUAGCUGUCAUCAGCGAAUCAUACCAAACCCCAGGCUUAGAACACCUGAGGCUCGAUCUCGCGCUUUUUUAGUGUCAUGGUGGAUGCAUUCAGACGAGUUUCACAUUCCUUAGUGAUUUUUCGUUGCCUUAGGCAUGUUUCAUAAGUCAGGCGCGGCGAUUUCUGAAACCAGUUGUUCACUGUCCCGACGUUUCGAACUCUCACACGAGUUCUUCCUCAGGGAAGCGAGGAAAGUACAAUCCAUUGCCUAUUUAACCCACCUCGGCCGGGAAUAAUCUUUUAUCGUGCCGUCGAGCCGUUCACGCAGCUCCUCGUAAGCUGUACGCCGAUGGGAUUACUGUUAUCCAGCCAGGUUGCUGAGGCAAUGUUGCAGCGACUAAAGGUGCUGAUUUUCGGUCAUUAUCGACGACGGUUGUGGAUAUGGUAUGUUAUUGGCACAUUUGUCAUCACUCGGGACAGGAUUUAAGGAAUGCGUGCAACAUCCACACUCGUUUUCUUGGACAUUUAGUUGAAGAUGGAGAUGGACAAAGACUGCUAGGUUCCUAGGUGUUACGGCAGAUUUCAAAUAAUUCAUUUUGACCCAAUUGUCAAAAACUCGGCGCCCCGGUAGCAUUCGAACCCCCGACAGCAAGGGGAAGGCUUUAGUACAGCCAACGCCCUAGCCACCUGAGCUACGAGGCCCCACCGUUUCUAGGCUUACUUUUACUUGAGGCAAUGAGAAAUUUAAAACAACUAGUUGCAGGAGCGUGGCAAAUACCGCUCUUAUUCUACGUUCCCAUAGCAACUGCUUAGGAGUACUUUACCGACGUAUAUAAACACACUGUACUGACCGAAACGCCAAGAACGCCGGUGUUCAGUUUCCGUCGAAAUUUUUUACAGCUACAGGACACCCUGACACUUUUGUCGACAGGCGUGGACGAGAAUCCGGAAGAGACUCCAGAGAGCGACCAAAACCGAAGUGUUGGCGCCCUCUGCCGUAUAUAGAUUGUGUGUUCAAAGAAUUCGCUAGAUUGAUGAGCAAAAUUGGGAUCGCUCACAGUUCGGAAGCGACAAUUCGCCGCUGGCUCAUAUACCUUAAAGACCAAUUAUCCAUCAAUCAGACAUCUGGCGUGGUGGUUAAGCUAAUUAUUUUGGUGAAACCCCUAAACAGGUCCGUAUGAGGUUGCACGAGUACAAGGUCUUUGCGAGGCAGGAAGAUAAACUUUCCUUAUUAGCUGCCUACUUGUCCGCGCCAGGGCAGUACUUUUCCCUGGAGUGCUUGAGAAUUUUAGAUCACUUGCAUGACCGAGCCUCGUGUCUACUCCAGGAGGCAUGGCACCCGACCGAAGUUUCGAUUAAUAGGCUAUCGAUUUGUCAGCCGCUUAGCUGGCGCUCCGUGAAGGAAUCAGUGGCACGGCUAAGGGUUAUUUCGGGCGGACGUAGGUUAAAUAUACAGUGAGUGGUACCUUCCGUCAUCUGUUGAUGGUGGUCCGGUGUGGGAGUUUAAAUCGUCGGAACAAUAAAUAAAUGGCCCCAGAAAUCAACGUCCUCAUUUUCUUUUUCUUGCUUCUCCUUCUUCUUCUUCUUCUUCUUCUUCUUCUUCUUCUUCUUCUUCUUCUUCUUCCCCUUAUUCUUCUCCCUCUGCUUUUUCUUCCUCUUUUUUCUCCCUUUUACAGGAAGAGGAACUUACAGAGGUGUUGUUUUGAUUCUGUUUUUAAUCCUGAAGCACAUGCAAGACCAUUGAUCUAUGUUGACUAUGCGUCUAGGAUUAAGUACUUGCAAAUGUGACUUAUAGAGGCGUAGUUUCCCGCAAAGGAAGCACAAGCAUACACAGUAGAUGGGCUAUCUCGUAAAAUGUUGACCGAGAUUCUGAAAUGUGCGUUCGAUUCGAAAUGAUUACUCAAGCAAACUGUAAUAUUAAUUGUUUUAUAGCAUAGUACUAAUAUAUUUCAUUCACAUCAGGGUGCCGGCUUUUGAAUCAGCUUGGUUUCGGUCGUCUGGAAAAAACUGAACUCUGUAAAGGAUAUUCAAUUAAGUACUAUAAAAAUUUCCCAUCCAUUUUCGGUGUCUUUAUAGAUUUAGUCAUGCUAUAUAGAAGACGCACGCAAAAGUAUUCUUUCAUGUGCUCAUUUGGUAACAAAUUAUGUCUUUACAUUCUAUACUCAGUGAAAGGGUAUAUUGCGGUUUUUAAGAAGUUUUUCGAUUCCCGAGUGAUUUUUUGUCUCACCUGCCUUCACACUGACAUUUAGCUUUUCCAAGCUACAUUCUGUCAAAAGAAUAUUACAAUGUUCUCUACGCUGUUAGGAAGACACCAUAUAGCACUCAUGACAUUGUGCAAUGGACGUGAACCGGGCUGUAUACUUAACAGUUUCCAUUAAUGGACGCGAUGCUGCAUGAAUGGACAUUUCGCGGCCUUGGACAAUCUCACGAUUAGAAACUUUUUUAAACCCGAAAGGUUCCCUUUCUUUGAGUAAAAAGUGUAAAGCAGACGUAGUUUGCUACCAAGUGAGUAUGAGGAAGCAUAUUUUGUGCGCAUUUUCUGUAAAAUAUAAUUGAAUUAUUCGGGCAUCGAAAUCGAUGGAAUAUUUUAGUACCACUAAGGAGUCAUUUUUUACAGAGCUGGGUUUUUUUCAGACAACCGAAAAGAAGUUCAUCCAAAACCCACCAUCCUGAUGUGACUGAAGUAUUUUGGGGAUUUUGCUGCGCGCCAAUUAAUAUUAUAGCUCUACAUGGGUAAUAUUAUCGAAUCGAAAGUACAUUUCAAAGUUUCGCCUAACUUUUCAUAGGAUAUCACAUCUACGGCAUGCCUUGUUUUUUUUAGCAAGGAUAGUUGCCUUUAUAUACACAUAGGGAAAUCCACGACUUUUGCUACUUUCCAAAGUGAGACCGUCGUAGUUGGUCAAACUAUUUUUUGAGAGAGUGCCGGAAUGAUGUGACUUUCCUUGUUCAUCAUUUCUACUUAUCUACGUAAUUAAUAUUAUGCAUUUGAAGACAUAUUGAGGAUUCGGACCACUGUUUCAUCUGCCUCUGUGUAAGCUAAACACAAACGAUCUGCAUUACUUGGUUAGGGUCGUCAUCAUUCACUUCCAUUUUGAGUUCGAUUUCCAAUGAUGUGUGCAAAUGUAGAUAAAGCUUCAACGUUGACCAUCAAAUCUUAAGGGCUUUAGAGCGCAACUCUUAGAUUCCCCUACUUUAUUGGGCACGGGAUCACUUCAGUCUGAUAGGCGCCACAGAGCAAACUAUCUUCAGAUAGUCGGCAAAGUGAAAAGGCGGCCACCUACCUGGUCGCAAUACGACCCUGUAAAAACGUCAGGGAUGCACGGGCAAAAUUCAGCAAAGACAGAAACACAAGGUGCUUCAAACUUAUUUACUUCUUUUUCGGCCGCCUUUUCUGCCAUACCCCAAAAUUACUAAGGAAAGAGAUUAGAAAACCUGAAACAACCGCCAUCCCCGUCUUACGUUGCGUUGCCGGUCUAUCUCUGCCAUCCUCUUAGCUCUUUCUACAUGUCAUUAUGCUGUUCUUUUCUGCUUCCUAAUGGGGCAGACGUAACUGGGUUACGACCGACAAAAAAUCGCUAUCACCACUGGGUUAUGCCUGCAGUCUAGCUUUUCUCGCGAAGCGAUAUACCAUCUACCGCACAUCUAGACUGUUUUUACUUUUUUUGCCCCAUUCUAUUACCUAACUCUAGACGGUUUUGUAUCACAUCGUGUUAAACACCGCACUCCAUUGCCCCUGCAUAGCACUCCGCUCUGGUACUUUCAUUCCCUCCUUUAUUUUGCAUACUCCAUCGCUGAGGGCUCUGGCAUUAAGGUGAAGCAUUGUCGGUUCUCCUAGUCAUACGGUUUCAUUGUUGCGAUUUUGCAGGGUGGUAAUUGGGCGACUCGUCUCUUCCGCAGGUGA